UGUGUUACUUCUUAUUCUUCUUAUCUUUGAUAUGGCAUUCAACGCAUUUUUACUUCUUGUCCUCUUCUUCAAUCUUACUAGUACAUUAUCAUCGGUUACAUUUGCAACAUCUGCUGCAUCCACUCUUGAUGAUGCCUCAAUGAGACGAAGCAAUUUUCCCAAAGGCUUCAUUUUUGGGACAGCAUCUGCUUCAUACCAGUAUGAAGGUGCAGCAAAAGAAGGCGGUAGAGAACCAAGUAUAUGGGAUACCUUCAGCCAUAAAUAUCCAGAGAAAAUAACGGAUAGAAGCACCGGAGAUGUCUCGAUUGACCAGUAUCACCGCUACAAGGAGGAUGUUGAACUCAUGAAGUCUUUGAAUUUGGAUGCUUACAGAUUUUCCAUCUCUUGGUCCAGAAUCCUCCCAAAAGGAAAGCUCAGUGGAGGUAUCAACCAAGAAGGAAUCAAAUAUUAUAACAAUCUCAUCGACGAACUGCUAGCUAAUGGUCUACAACCAUUUGUAACACUUUUUCAUUGGGAUCUUCCCCAAACUCUGGAAGAUGAGUAUGGUGGUUUCUUAAGUCCUGAAAUUGUAGAGGAUUUUCAAGAUUAUGUGGAGCUAUGUUUCAAGGAAUUUGGAGAUAGAGUGAAGCAUUGGAUUACUUUGAAUGAACCAUGGGGUUACAGUAGCAAUGGCUACGUACUUGGGGCAUUUGCACCGGGUCGAUGUUCUAAAUGGGUUAAUCCAAAUUGCACCGGUGGUGAUUUAGGGAUAGAGCCAUAUUUGGUUUCACACCACCUACUUCUUGCUCAUGCAAAAGCUGUUCAAGUGUACAAGAAGAAAUAUCAGGCAUCUCAAAAGGGUAUUAUAGGAAUAACAUUGGUGACUCAUUGGUUCGAACCAUUUUCAGAUAACAAAUAUGAUCAUGACGCUGCUGGACGAGCAGUUGACUUCAUGUUUGGAUGGUUUAUGGAUCCAUUGACAUUUGGAAACUAUCCACAGAGUAUGCGUUCACUAGUCGGAAGCAGAUUACCAAAGUUUUCUAAGAAGCAAGCUAGUCUAGUUAAAGGUUCAUUUGAUUUUCUUGGACUAAACUAUUACACCACUUAUUAUGCUGCCAACGCAUCUUCUGGAAGCAAUGAUAGACCCUAUUUCUUCACGGACUCUCUUGCUAAUCUUACAACUGAGCGUAACGGGAAUCCUAUAGGUCAAAGGGCCGCUUCAAGUUGGUUAUAUGUUUAUCCAAAAGGAAUUCAAGAAUUGUUGCUCUAUAUCAAGAAAAAGUACAACAACCCUCUAAUCUACAUUACUGAAAAUGGUAUUGAUGAGUUCAAUGAUCCAACACUAUCAUUAGAGGAAGCUCUCAUAGACACCUACAGAAUUGACUAUCAUUAUCGGCAUCUAUUUUAUCUUCAAUCUGCAAUAAGGGAUGGGGCAAACGUCAAAGGAUAUUUCGCAUGGUCAUUGCUGGACAAUUAUGAAUGGAAUUCAGGUUAUACAGUGCGAUUUGGAAUAAAUUUUGUGGAUUACAAAAAUGGAUUGAAGAGAUACCAAAAGCUAUCCGCAAAAUGGUUCACGAAUUUUCUCAAAAGACAUUAGACUUUGGAUGACUAACGGUUCUAUAAAUUAUGUAAUAAAAUACAUCAUUCAAGUUAAGCUUCCAGUGAUUAUAUGAUCAUUCUCCUUCAUUCUCAAAGUCGAAGGAAAUUGUAUUCUUUUAAUGAUAGCUACUUUGCCAUAUAUUUAUGUGCAUUUCUUUGUAUGUGCCUCUUCUAAAAAAAUAUGGAUUAGGU